AUGAUAUUAUUGGUCGUACUAGUAACUCUUUUAAUCACUACUAGUACGGCAAAUCUAAUAUCAUUGAAUAAGAAAUGUUUAUAUAAACGACAAGACCCAGGAGAACCUGGUAAAACUCCGCCAACGCCAUCUCCCAACACGCCACCUUUCGAUGGCAAAUCUCCAGACGCACAACCACCCUCGGAUGGCAAAACUCCCGACACACCUCCGUCAGAUGGCAAAACUCCAGAAACACCUCCGUCAGAUGGCAAAACUCCAGAAACACCUCCGUCAGAUGGCAAGACUCCAGAAACACCUCCGUCAGAUGGAAAGGCUCCAAACGUACCUCCGUCAGAUGGAAAGGCUCCAAACGUACCUCCAUCAGAUGGAAAGACUCCCGAAAUACCGCCUUCAGACGGCAAGACUCCCAACACACCUCCAUCAGAUGGCAAAACUCCCAACGCACCUCCAUCAGAUGGCAAAACUCCCAACGCACCUCCAUCAGAUGGCAAAACUCCCAACACGCCUCCAUCAGAUGGCAAAACUCCUGACACACCUACGUCAGAUGGCAAAACUCCAAGCUCUCCACCAGCUGAAAAAACUCAAUUUGAAACAACAACAUUACCAGACGUGACUAUAACUCCAACGCCUACAUUAACUUCAAAUAAUGAUCAUUCAAAAGACAACCAAAAACACAUAUCAAGGUUCACAACAUACUUUACUUCGUACUACUCAGUUAUACCAGGUACAACCAAAAUGAUUACCACAACAAACGAAGCUGGUGAACCUACCACUCUCGCUACGUAUGUUCCUCCAUCAACAGUUUUGGUGGUUCAACAAGUGGUAUCACCAAUUUCAGAUUCAGAUUCAAUAGAUAAUGGAAGCGGUAACAUAUUGAACGUACAAGGUUUAUGGGGGAUUGGAAUGAGCAUAACGGUGGUUUGUUUUAGCAUGUUGUAUAUGGUUCUUGCAUAA